AUGUUGAUGCAUUCAGUCCUUUAUAUUUUAAUAAUUUAUUGCAAAUUCCUAUCAACGAUUUAUUCGAGAGUUAUCACAAACAAGAAUGCCGUUGUACAUACAAAAUUAGGCACUAUUCGAGGAAUUCAACAGAAAUUCGAAGAUAGCAUCGUAAAUGCUUACCUUGGUGUACCAUUUGCUCGGCCACCUCUGGGAAGAAGGCGCUUCAUGUUGCCUGAAAUGGUCGAACCAUGGCAAGGAGAAUUUGAAGCACGAAAACCUGCCCAGACGUGUUAUAUAACACCUGAUAGUCAAUUUCCGCAAUUUCCUGGAGCUGAAAUGUGGAAUCCACCAAAUAUAUUCGAUGAAGAUUGUCUGGCAUUAAAUAUAUGGGUACCAAAUAACCCAGAUGGUCGAGUAAUGGUAUGGAUCUUUGGAGGAGGUUUUUUUUCUGGAAGUCCUUCGUUAGAUUUAUAUGAUGGACGUGUAUUAGCGAGCCGACAAAACGUUAUCGUGGUCAAUAUUAAUUAUAGGUUAGGGCCAUUUGGCUUUUUAUAUUUUGGCGACGAUUCAUCUAUUCCUGGAAAUAUGGGUCUUAUGGAUCAACAGCUCGCGCUUCGUUGGGUUCAUGAGAAUAUUGAUGCCUUUGGAGGAGAUCCGAAUCAGGUGACUAUAUUCGGAGAAAGUGCAGGUGCAGCUUCGGCCACCGCACAUCUAUUCGCUCCAGAUAGUUUCGCCUACUAUCGAAAGCUUAUUAUAAUGAGUGGUGCAAUUGUAAAUUCAUGGGCAACAAAAGAUAAAAAUAUGAUGUUUAAAACUUCAAUGUUUUUGGCAAAGAAGCUAAAUUGUACGAAUAAUGAAAAUGAUCAUGAGGAUAUUGCUAUAAUCAUACAUUGUAUACGACAAGCUCCAGCUUCUAAAAUUCAGCGUGCAGCUGAUGCCGUUGGUGUUGAACAAGUAUUACCGAUGACAUUCCCAUUUGUUGCAGUCGUGGAGGAUGUUAAUUUUUUCAAAGGAAACAUAUUUGCAAAGUUAAAAGCUCGAGACUUUAAAAAAGAUGUAAGUGUACUUGUUGGAUCUGUAAAAGACGAAGGCACUUACUGGCUUCCAUAUUAUCUGCUAAACCCAAAGAUGGGCUUCCAGUUCAAUCAUACUAUAUCAGCAGAUGAUUCCGUUAAUCGUGCGCUUAUUAAUAAAGGGCAAUAUACAAAUUCGCUGGAAUCCUUCAUACCAUAUUUCGCUGAUUCACAGCUAGUAAAACAUGCGUUACUAGAUGCUUAUGGAGAGGUAUCAGCGAGUACUGAUAUUCGAGAGCGAUUAAGAGAUGGUGUUGCUCGUUUCGUUGGUGAUUAUUUCUUCACCUGUGAUUUGAUCCAUUUUACCGAUAUCUUGGCUGACAAUAUUUAUGGAUCAAUCUACAUGUAUUAUUUUUCAGAAAGAUCAUCCGCUAACCCUUGGCCGAAAUGGAUGGGUGUAAUGCACGGAUAUGAAAUCGAAUAUGUAUUUGGUCAGCCUUUAAGACUUCCACAAAUGUAUUCUCCGACUGAACUCAAGAAAGAACAAGAAUUUUCGGAAGUAAUGAUGAAAUACUGGGCAGAUUUUGCUGGAGCUUGGUGGAAAGUACCAAAUUGGCCAAAAUAUGAUAAAGUUAUGAGGAAUGCUUUUGUACUUAACAGUGGAAUUUUAAAUAACCACUAUCAGGUGGUCACAGAUAUUAAUGGAAAGUAUUGUAGAUUAUUAGAGGAGGCUCACUCAAGUAUUAAUCCAGGUCUCCUUUAUACUUCAUUUGAAUUCUUUAAGCUAAUAUUGAUUUCACAACAAAAUUGUUAA